CCCCCUCCCCAGCAGAGGAGUAGCCACCACGGUCAACACCCGAAGCCCCAGCAGCAGCAGGACAAACUGACCGUCACAAGGCACCUUGAGAAUUUCAGAUCCUUCUCCACUGGCUCUAGGAUGCCGAGGUCUCCUGUCUUUGCCUGCCUCGCACUGGGCGUGGCCCUCAUCUUCGGUGAAGGGUCUGCCUCCUACCAUCACCAGUCUCCGGCGGCCCACCUCGCCGCAGACUUUGGAGUGAAAGUGUUUCAGCAGGUGGUGCAGGCCUCCAAGGACCUCAACAUGGUUUUCUCACCCUGUGGGGUAGCCUCAGUCAUGGCCAUGUUACAGCUGACCACAGGAGGAGAAACACAGCGGCAGAUCCAAGAGGCGAUGCAAUUCAAGGUGGAUGAGAAGGGCAUGGCCCCUGCCCUCCAUCAACUGUACAAGGAGCUCAUGGGACCAUGGAAUAAGGAUGAGAUCAGCACGGCUGAUGCCAUCUUUGUGCAGCGGGAUCUGAAGCUGGUCCAGGGUUUCAUGCCCCACUUCUUCAGGCUGUUCCGCACCACAGUCAAGCAGGUGGACUUCUCAGAGACAGAGAGAGCCAGGUUCAUCGUCAACGACUGGGUGAAAAGACACACAAAAGGCAUGAUCAGCGACCUACUUGGCGAAGGGGCUGUGGACCAGCUGACACGCCUGGUACUGGUAAACGCCCUCUACUUCAACGGCCAGUGGAAGAUGCCUUUUCUAGAGUCGAGCACCCACCACCGCCUCUUCCACAAGUCCGAUGGCAGCACUGUCUCUGUGCCCAUGAUGGCUCAGACCAACAAGUUCAACUACACUGAGUUCUCCACCCCCGACGGCCAUUACUACGACGUCCUGGAAUUGCCCUACCAUGGGAACACACUCAGCAUGUUCAUUGCUGCCCCCUACGAAAAAGAGGUGCCUCUCUCUGCCCUCACCAGCAUUCUGGACGCCCAGCUCAUCAGCCAGUGGAGAGGGAACAUGACCAGACUGACCCGCCUCCUGGUCCUGCCCAAGUUCUCCCUGGAGAGUGAAGUUGACCUCAGGAGGCCCCUGGAGAACUUGGGAAUGACCGACAUGUUUAGGCCAAACCAGGCAGACUUCUCAAGACUUUCAGAUCAAGAGCUUCUGUACGUGUCGCAGGCGCUACAGAAAGUGAAGAUUGAGGUGAAUGAGAGCGGCACGGUGGCGUCCUCCUCCACAGCCCUUACAGUCUCAGCCCGAAUGGCCCCCGAGGAGAUCAUCAUGGACAGACCCUUCCUCUUCGUGGUGCGGCAUAACCCCACAGGAACUGUCCUUUUCAUGGGCCAAGUGAUGGAACCCUGACCAUGGGAAAUGCAGCCCUCAUCUGGGACGGAACUGGAGAUGUCCAAGAAGAAGAAACUCCAGAGCAAAGAAUUUUUAUUUUAAUUCAUUUUUCUGGAGAAA